GAGUGCGAGACCCCGCCCCAUCCCCUGCCGCCAGAGCCGACUCCAGUGGCAAAGCGGAAGUCGCGCCUACCCAACAGAACCACUCAGGGAGGAGACGCGAGGCGUCAUGGCCGCCGACAAAGAAGAUGGCGCAGCUUCAGAUCCAGCGGUUUCCGAAGAUGGUGUCAGCAAAAGCACAAAAUCUGGGGAGGACCUAGCAGUCCAGGUUCCCGUGGUGGAUGUGCAAAGCAACAACUUCAAGGAGAUGUGGCCAUCCCUCCUGCUGGCCAUAAAGACAGCUAACUUCGUGGCUGUGGACACGGAGCUGAGUGGGCUUGGGGACAGGAAGAGUUUGCUGAACCAGUGCAUCGAAGAACGGUACAAGGCUGUGUGUCAUGCUGCCAGGACCCGUUCUAUCCUCUCCCUGGGCCUUGCCUGCUUCAAACAGCAGCUAGACAAGGGAGAACAUUCCUACCUGGCUCAAGUCUUCAAUCUCACCCUGUUGUGCAUGGAGGAGUAUGUCAUAGAACCAAAGUCUGUACAGUUCCUGGUACAGCAUGGCUUCAACUUCAACCAGCAGUAUGCCCAGGGGAUCCCUUACCAUAAGGGCAAUGACAAGGGUGAUGAGAGCCAGAGCCUAUCAGUACGGACACUGUUCCUGGAGCUGAUCCGGGCUCGGCGGCCCCUAGUGCUACACAAUGGCCUUAUAGACUUGGUGUUCCUGUACCAGAACUUCUAUGCACACCUCCCAGAUAAUCUGGGAACCUUCACCGCUGACCUGUCCUCCUAG